AUGGUGAUUGCCGGAAAGAGCUUGUCCACAGCAAUGAACGCCAGAAUAAUCGGCUCCGGUAAUGAAGCCAUAGUACUGGCACAUGGGUAUGGUGGAGACCAGUCUGUUUGGGACAAAAUCUUACCCCACUUGGCUCAGUUCUGCCGUGUUCUGGUCUUCGACUGGACCUUCUCCGGUGCCGUAAAGGACAUAAACCUGUUUGAUAAUGUUAAGUAUUCUUCGUAUGAUGCUUUUGCUGAUGAUUUGAUUGCUCUUGUGGAUGAGAUGAACUUCCAGCCAUCGGUCUUCGUCGGACACUCCAUGUCCGGUAUGAUCGGAUGCAUUGCUUCCAUCAAAAGACCUGAGCUCUUCAAGAGGCUCAUACUCAUCGGAGCUUCACCCAGGUAA